AUGAAAGUAGAAAGAAAACAGUGUGUAGUACUAGUGCCAUGCCCAUUCCAGGGUCAUUUAACACCAAUGAUGCAGCUUGGAAGUAUCCUUCAUUCACAGCGUUUUUCUGUCAAAGUUGCACAUACUGAAUACAAUGCUCCUAAUUAUUCCAACCAUCCUGAAUUCGUCUUUCAUUCUAUGGAUGACGGAUUACAGGAAAUUGACCUGUCAUCACCGAGUUUAAAGAAUAUGUAUGAUUUGAACGAGAACUGCAAAGCGUCCUUCAAAAACUACCUCGUUAAGAUGACGGAAGAGGAAGAAAAUUUGCAAGGUGAUCAGCUUGCUUGUAUCAUUUAUGACAACAUCAUGUUCUACGUGGAUGAUGUAGCCACUCAGCUGAGGCUUCCCAGCAUUGUUCUGUGCAUUCUCAGUGCUGCAUACAUGCACUCUAUGAUCACCAUUUUGCAGCAACCAGAAAAAUAUUUUCCUUUUGAAGAUUCUCAGCUGUUGGAUCCAUUGCCGGAGCUUCAUCCCCUCAGGUUCAAGGAUGUACCAUUUCCUGUCUUCAAUAAUGCAGUUCCAGAACCAAUACUAGACUUCUGUAGAGCAAUAAGCGAUAUAGGAUCUUCUGUCGCGACUAUUUGGAACACAAUGCAACACUUGGAGGAUUCAUUGUUGUUAAGCCUUCAAGAACGUUACAAGGUGCCCUUCUUUCCAAUAGGCCCUCUUCACAAAAUGACGCCUAUGGCCUCGUCGACUAGCAUACUAGAAGAAGACAACAGCUGCAUUCAGUGGAUCGACAGACAAGCUCCUAACUCUGUUCUCUAUGUCAGCUUGGGUAGCCUAGCAAGGAUUGAUGACACGGAGCUAAUUGAGACUGCUUGGGGAUUAGCCAACAGUGGUCAGCCGUUCUUGUGGGUUAUUAGACCUGGCUCUGUCUCUGGCUUUCAAUGUGCUGAGGCACUGCCUGAUGGAUUUGAGAAAAUGGUAGGAGAAAGAGGCCGGAUAGUGAAAUGGGCCACAAAAACAGGUGCUUGCACAUCCGCGGUAGCAGGCUUUUUUACUCAUUGUGGAUGGAAUUCUACGCUUGAAAGUAUACUGGAAGAAGUCCCGUUGAUAUGCAGGCCGUUAAUCUAUUUUAUCUGUGAAUAAUUUAAUCCAUCCUAAAUUAUAACUCAUAUCCGGUCCAAAUAACUCAACCUGACCUGUGAUACAAUGAGGACCUUGGUUUGGCCGUGAAAUGUCCAAACUUUGCAAGUUUUUCUCAUGUUUCUAUUCUUAAAUGUUGUCUUCUUGUUCACUCUUUGAAGUUGGUGAACAAUGGUGUAACAAUGAGUUUAAAGCAGGCAACAACAACCAUGAAUCAGAAACAAUUUUUGAUUUUUCG